CUCUCUCUCUUUCUCGCUCGCUCUGCACGCGCCUCUCAUCCAUCCUGUCCCUCGCGCGACAACAGCUCUCCUCCAACCAGCCAGCCGCCGCACGCGCUCCCCACUCUGGUUUAAGCUAACAGGCUAACGGAGGACGGCGGCUCUUCUUGCUAGCCGUUUUUGAAACGUUCCGGUUGCGGCGGCGAGGGUUUUUCUUCCCCCCCCCCCCGGUUUUUGUGAUGCGCAGACGUGGUUCUCGCUGAGCACCGGACCGUCUCUCGCUCCUCUUCCCUCCUCCGGCUGACCGGGAGCCGCCAUGGAGUGCCGCGUCCUGUCCAUUCAGAGCCAUGUAGUCCGGGGAUACGUGGGCAACAAGAGCGCCUCUUUCCCGUUACAGGUUUUAGGGUUUGAGGUGGAUUCGAUCAACUCGGUCCAGUUCUCCAACCACACAGGUUAUUCCCAUUGGAAGGGUCAGGUGUUGACAGCAGAUGAGCUCCACGUUCUUUAUGAGGGAAUCAAACUGAACAACGUGCACCACUACGACUAUGUUUUAACAGGGUAUACCAGAGACACGUCCUUCUUGGAGAUGGUGGUGGACAUUGUUCAGGAGCUAAAGAGAGCCAACCCCAACCUGGUUUAUGUUUGUGAUCCUGUCCUCGGCGAUCAUGGAUCUAUGUAUGUUCCUCAGAAUCUUUACCCGGUUUAUAAGAACAAGGUGGUUCCUGUUGCUGACAUCAUUACUCCCAACCAGUUUGAAGCUGAGCUGUUGACAGGGAAAAACAUCAGCACAGAGAAAGAUGCUGUAGAGGUAAUGGAUCUUCUCCACGCUAUGGGCCCAGACACAGUGGUCAUUACCUCCUCUGAUCUGCCCUCCAGACUGGGAGAUCGUUUCCUCGUGUCACUGGGCAGCCAGCGUCACGUUCGUCCAGACGGCAGCAGGACGACACAGAGAGUUCGAAUAGAAGUUCCCAAAGUGGACGCCGUCUUCGUAGGAACUGGAGAUUUGUUUGCUGCUAUGCUGCUAGCGUGGACACAUCACUAUCCCAAUGACCUAAAGACGGCCUGUGAGAAGACUUUUUCAGUGAUGCACCAUGUUAUCCAGAGGACCAUAUCUUAUGCUCAUGAGUUGGCAGGUCCUGGUCGGAGGCCCAGUCCCCCCCAGCUGGAGCUGAGGAUGGUCCAAAGUAAAGCUGACAUAGAAGACCCUGCUAUAGUUACGGAGGCCACAGUCAUAUCGUAACAUUACCCACCCCUAAGACUCAUACUAACCUUCACCCAUAAAUCUCUCAAGUCCUGUAUCUCGGUAAAUCUCUCAUCACUGUAAACCUUGACUGUCAUUGCAGAGCUCCAACAUCAUCCAGACUCCUGAAACACCUUAGUAUUGUAACCCCUUUAAGUCCUCAGUGUCCUGAACCCUGAAUCAAACCCUCAACCUGUAACUCCCACAACCUUUUACCCGAACCCUCUUCUGGAACCAGAGCCAUGGAUAGACAGGAAGUUUGGUCAGGCUGGUCGUCGACUGCGUAUUUUAACAGGACAGUGAGUUGAAUUCACCGGCUCUGCAGGGUUUCAGUAAGUUUCACUCUCAAGAUUGCUCUGAUGCUAAUUCCAUAAGCACAAUGCCUAAAAUGUAACAUGUUAAUGAAAAAUAUGAGGGUUCAGUCAGCCGCACUGUAGAGAAAUUCACUUAGGAGUUGUUAAUUUCACGUUUGGGAAAAACUGAUGUCAUAUUUGAUAAAGUAAACAUGAAUUAGUAGCAGUUAGCCAAGGAAAGUCUACAUGUUAUCUGUAGAUUACUUGUUCCACAGUGCACUGAUUUCACUCUACUUGCAGCCUUAUUUGCCCAAAUGAAUUCUAAAUCAACAUAAAGAAAAAAAACAUUAGCCUUCCUGCUGGUAGCUGCAGAUCACAUGUACGUCACAAAAUCCAAGAUCUAAAGUAGGAUUUGGAAAGAAAACACUACAAUGUGCUUUAUUUGGCAAAAAAGUUAUCCAAAAUCUAAACCAUAUCAGUUCCUGCUCCAAAACUCUACCUCCAAGUUCCUAAAUUUAAACUACAUUUUCGCUCUAUUACUGCCACUCCAUUUUAUUUCACCUGUUGUAGGGUUGCAGGCCACUCUGGUGGUACUCUGUUGAUCAAACCCUGUCAAUCUAUGGCUCUGCUCACCACUAUCUGGACCCCCUCCCUGUCUUACAGCAGUGAUGUAAUGGUGACCAGGUCUAACCCCCCCAAAACCCCCCGAAAAUAGAACAAAGGAAAAACAAAACAAACAAAAAAAAAAACGCACAAUGUAUAGUUGAUGUAUAGAUGUUGUACUAUAACUGUAUUGGACCAUCUGUAUGAUAUCUUCUAUCUGAUCUGUCUCUUGGACCAUUGUGUUGAUGCUACUGUACUAUAGACCACACGCACUACAAUAUCACUCAAACCAGAGACGUCUGGGCUGGUUCUGGUUCUACUGGAGGCGUCAGUGGCUCCAGAUAUUGUCAAUGUUAGUCCAAUAGUCUUAGCGCAUAGUUGAACCUCCUUCAUCCAAACAUAAAGAAAAACAGACAACCGGAGCCGCCUGAGCUGCCGAUUUUACCAACAGAAGACCAAACAGAAGUCGGUUCCCCUCAGUGCCAGAACCAGCCCACAUCCUGCCGGGCGGUAUCGGCCCAGCUCUGGCCCAGAACCAUAUAUCAGAGAGUUGUGCCACUGAAUUCACUGGAGGCCUCGAGAAGUUGCGACGGUUCCCCCACAUCUAGUAGCAGCUCUGUUAGUUUUAUUUUUAAUGUCUUUUGGUUCACUUCACGCUCUACUGUGGCAACAGAAACAGAAGUGAUGCCAGGAGGUCCAAUUUCAACAUGAUGCCAUUAGUUUAAUCUUUAAAUUAAAUCUUAAAUUACACAUCCGAAGUAUUAGCUUGGUAAACUCAUGCAAUUCAUUUCUUUUUUAGUUUUUUAUUAGUACCUGUAUUAGUUUUUAAAAAUGCAUUAUAUUACAAUUUAUCAAGGCCAAGUUAACCUCUUUAAACUGCAUAUUUUUAACAAAUAAAAGCCCAAAACCCAAAGAUGUUGAAUUUGCAGUGAUAGAAAAUCCUCACGUUUGAAAAUGCAGAACCAAUAUAUGAUGCUAGCAUGUUCCAGCUAGCAUAACUUAUACAUUUAAUAAUGUUUUUAAGUUUUAAUCCAAUCUAAUAUUACGUUUUAAAGAUAUUUAGCAUUUCAAAUAAUGUUCCCAUAGCAUCAAAACUUAAAGAGGAUGUUUGAAAGGUGGUUAUCAGGACUACAGAUUAUGUUAGAUGACAACAAAUUGAGAAUGUUCUUGAAACAACAUACAAAUAAUAUUCUCACAGUGUUAGCUAGGCUUCAGGUGAUUCAGUAAAAAGCAACUAGAGGCCUCUUCAGUUGUUACGAAAAAGCUUCUUGGAUGAACAUGAAACGUCACCAAGAACCUAAAACUAAAAAGACCAAUUGUUUUUUUUUACCAAAGCUCCAAAGACUGCCAGGACCUGGAUGACUGAGAAUCUGAUUGAUUUAGAUUUUUAUAGAAUGUUCUGUGAUGUGAUAUAUUUAGAAAGGCAGAACAUUAUACCUCAUCUUCUUAAUGGGGUAUAACAUUAUAGGAACAUCCUAGGAUGUUCUCAGUGCUCAAACAUUUGGUCCUUCCUACCUCUAAGAACAACAUUCCAGCUGGAAACAUUACUAGAACUUUGCUGAAUUUUCUCAGAGUGCUUUUAGAACCAGAAGAAAUCCAGCUGGGAUUUACCAAACUUCUGAAAACCUUAUUAUUGUUCUAACCGUGGAAAGAUUUCAGGAAAUCUUGCCCCCUAAUGGGGCAACUGUUGGGUUUUUCCCUGCAAUACUGCGUUAACAUUACUAUGAGCUGUUUUCCAGUUCUGGAACAAUAAGGUGGUUUUGAGACGCAUAUUUUAUCCUGUAAAAAAUGUUGGCAAAUCAGAGAUUGUCGAGCAUAAAUUGUUCUAAAAAUGUGAUAAUUUGAGAUGGAAUAACUAUCUUUGGCUAACUUAACAAACUUCUAUUGUUGGAUUCCGUCAUGCUUGUACAACUAAAGUUAGGUCCAGUAACUUUUAUCUGUUCUUGUUUUGGUAAAGUUGAAGUUUAUGUUGCAGUCGAAGCUGUCAGAUUCUACACCACAACAGAGCCAUGAAAUGACGUGCUGUGAUCUGACGUUAAAUAAUUAAAAUUGAAUUGCAUGAAUCUACCAAACCAACCUAACUUGCUACCUUCAAAAAGUCGUGAUACUUUCCUGAAGGUUUCUAAUUGAUAUACUGGUAAAAGGUCAAUCUAAAAUCUUCAUUUGCCACAAAGUGCUGUUCCUAAAAAUCUUGAAUAACACUGUAAGUUUGCUGCCCUGGCAUUGAGUUUACUGGUGUGUUUUCCACAGUAGAGCGUGAUGAGAAAGAGGCGAUGAGAUGUUAACACGCGACGGUGGUCAUGAGCCGAUUUCAAACCAACAACGUCGCAGGAACUUGGCAUGUGCCUUAAGCCCGCUGCGCUACCAGGGCACCACGGGAAAAAUGAGAUUUUAACAUUUUUAAUUUACCUCCAGGACCUUUUUUUCACCUUGUGGUGUCUUAGUUUUAAUAUUAAUUAAUCUUUUUACAGAGAAAACGUUUGGAUAGUGUAAAACCAAACAUGCAGAGGCUGAAAAAAAAAUAAUACUGAAGUCCAGACACCAUCAGUGUCCCACCUGAGCUGGAUGUAAGGUUCUGGGCAGACCAGUGUAAUUCUGUACUGCUGUUGUUUCUCUAUGGACUGUACUGUGAUACUGCCUUAGGAACCUAACGUCAUAACAUCACAUACUGCUCACCGAGGGAGGUGGAGAGGGAGGACGAGGGGGAGAGAAGGAAACAUGAGGUGUCUUACAUGUUUUUAGCUUCAAAUUUCUCUUUUAAAGUGCAAAACAAGUGACAAAAAAUAAGAUUGUGUUUGCUUUUCUCUUUGCAUUUCGAAAAAAUUGGUGCAAAUAAUUUUUUCCAUUAUUUCUUUGUUGCAGUGGACUAAUUAGUUGUUUUGAUUCAUAAAAUGACAGAAAACUAACAAUUUUCAACCAUAUACAAUACAGACAAGCAGCAAAUUUUUCAUGUUUUUGUUUGAUAAAUGACAAAAUUUGCCAAAAAAAAGACACUAAGGUCGUCUGAAUACACCUCUCGGACUGAUGUGGGGAGAAAAGAGGCUCAUUUUUAAAAACCUCAACAGCUGAUAUUGAAUUUUUUUUUGUACUCGUACGGUUAUAUUGUGCCGCUGUAGCACUGAUUGUCAUAUCAGUAACAGACUUGCUGCGUCUGUGCAUUUGGCCAACCAGCUCUCAGCUCUGCUAUAAUCAACACGUGCAUUAUCCAAUCCUCCGCUUCCUGCUAAACAAAACCAGUACUGUCGGGUCGAAACGUGUCUACCUGUUGUGUCUGUGCGUGUAGUGUGUUGGAGAGAGUGAUUGUGUAAAUACAUAUAUAUAUAUAUUAAUGUCCUUUAUGGUCACAGGGUUUUGUGUGUAUGUGUGCGCAUGUGAAGUGAAAGAGCAAAUCCCUGAAAACAAACAUGUGGGAGGAGGGUUAAAAUAAAAACAGAAGAACGUUAGGAGUGGAGGGGAGGUGAGGUGUGUUCAAGAGGACAAUCAUUCUGUGAGGUUUUGCAGCAUUUUAGACGAACACUGGACUGAAUCCUAAAUGUUUCCUUGAUGCCUCACCUCGCCGCCUCCUCUUUCUCCUCGUCCUUUCAUCCACAUCCAUCCUUUGAAUCCACCGACAUCCCUGCAGUUGUUGUGUCUGUAUCGCUAGUUUUUGAACCUUUAGCCUCGCAGUGUGUGUGUUUGUGUGUUAGAUGUACUGUACCCCGACUUACCCCCAUAUUUCUCUGGUAGAUCUACUGUCCCUGCUUUGUCCUUCUCUGGUCCCUGCUGGUUCCACCCUGCCUCACCCUGCUAAAUUUACCUGCAAUGCGUUUAAAAAAAAACAAAAAAAGGAACUGCUCUUAUCCAACCUGCUUUCAGUAACUCUUCCUCCAGUCUAACUGCUUCACCACAUCUGGGUUCAGCUGCAUCAGCUCUUCUUUUGCAGUUUACUUUAAGGAAUGUCUUGGCUAGUUAAGGUUUUAGGAAUAAUUAAAUCAUUUGGUGGAAAACAUCUGGAGCAGCAUCCAGGCAAAAGCAAUCUAUGUCAACAUCAGAAUCUUCAAGGGUUGAUCAGUUAGAGAAAACUGAUUUAAGCUUGACUGCCAUCCCCAUCAAAGUAUCCCCCUUGUGCAGCCAUACUCUGCUCCCAGUGCUCCUGCAACGCUUGCAACGCUACCUGGAAGUCCAAUUAUGCAAACAUGUAAAGCUGUAUCUCCAAAACUGACAAAAUUGUGACUUUUCAAUUUGAAUUUUACGAGAUAAAUAUAGAAGUCUUGCUGUUGUGGCCAAAAAAUAUGUGUAUAAUCUCAGAGCACUCAUAUGCUAUUGCAUCAUGGUUGGUGUUGUUUCCGUGUGACGUUACAAUAUAUGGGGAUUAUUUCAUAGUUCACAACUACGUGAAUGCUGACGCCACCAACAAGCACGUUCACAGCUUGCUUCUUACCUGACGCACCCUGUACGUCUUUGGAAACUGCAGCUUUCCACUGUUAAACUGCGGUUUCUUCUUCUGAUGGUAGCUGCAGACCCACGUCUAGUCAUCCUCCUAUAUGAAGGUUGGAUCAUCCAGUGGCCUUUUUACACCAAAUGUAAUGUUUUCUUCUUGGAUUUAGUGUUGAGCACCAUUGGAAAAUUGCAAAUUAACACCUACUUGUGGUCACAAAAGCAUCUGUAACACAGAUCCAGAUGUUGAUAGUGGGAAAGCCCAACUCACUACAGUAACUGCUUGCACGUUGCACCACAAACAGUCUCAGAACUUUUUGAUGAACCCUCCUGAGUUUAAAAUAAAUAUAUUUUAAAUAUUCUAAAUUAUGUAUUAAACUUAAAUACUAAAGUAUGUCUAGUCACAGCCAAUUAAAUGCGAUCAAACUUAAAAUCUUGACAGAGAUGAGUCAAUUUAUUCUGUCAAAUUUGACAAUAUCAGUAUCAAAAUCUAAUCAUAGCUAAGAUUUGAAGCUAAUUUUGACAAUUGUUUUUUAAACAUGAGGUGCUUUUAUGUGAAAUAAAAUGUAUUAAAUUUGUCACAGUGAACAAAUGAAUGAAAUUGAUGAUGGUUCAGCUCCAUUAGGUUUCCCAGUAAUCUCAAAAGAUCUAAUCCUAAUGCGAACCAAACCAGCUCUAAAUGGUCUGGCUGAUCUCGUUACCUUCCAGUCCCUGUUAAUUUAUAUCUUGCAUUCAGUGGAAAUGCAGUUGCAGCAGGUCUUGUAGCCCUUUUCCAAUAAAGAAAGCAAAUAGUAAUGCUAAAAAAAAGGCUGGUUUGAUGCAGCUAAAUUGUGUGAUUAAUGCUCUUAAUUGAAGCAAUAAACAAAAACCUUUAAACACUAAAAACAGCUGCCAGGUCUGAAAAGUAGAGAUGUGCUCAUGAUUGCGUGUUUUUAGGAUUAACCGGACAUCAGAUGAACCUCUGUCUGUAAUUUAAAGGGUUAAAGGACCGUCUCACGUGGCUUUGCUCGUCCAUGCUUUCACACCUCCUCUACCUGCCGCGAUAGGCCCCGCCCCCUCCCCUCUUCCCUCUCCGUUUGGUUACAAAAUGGCCACCACUAGAACCUGCACCAGCCCGCGGUCCUCUCCUCCCGAUCGACGGUUUCCAUCACCUCCACCAUCUUGCUUUUUGUUUGUUUUUUCUGUUCUCGGUGGCCAAAACAAAAACACAAAACAAAAACGAGGAAAUGUACUAAUCAUUGUUUGGUAACUGUUUUUAGUGCUAUGUUUUUGGAGCGUUACGAGUAUUUUCUAACAUGUUACAAUAAAAGAUUGUAGUGUACAAAUUCACAUUUAUAAAAUAUAUAUAUAUAGAUAUAUAUGAGAAAUGUAUGUUCUAAUGCAAUAAAGAGAGAUUAAGAAUUAUGAAAA